AUGAAGUUCUUGUCACUCUUUAGUUUCUCUCUGGCAGUCACUGCAUGCCGCAGUACACCAUCACCCCAAAAGUCAGCCAAGAUCGAUGUUCAUGCUCAUUUUGUUCCGGAUUUCUAUGCAAAGGCCUUGAAAGAGGCUGGGCAUGUACCUGGCCCAGAUGGCAUGCCCUUUACUCCCGAAUGGGAUGCCGAGUCUCAUCUGCAAUUCAUGAAGGAAAACAACAUUGAGAAGUCGAUUUUGUCCAUCUCGAGUCCUGGGGUCUACCUCAAUGUUCCCUCCAAGGAUGCUACGAAGAAAGCUAUCAAGUUGGCCCGCCGUGUCAACCAGUAUGGAUCUCAGGUUAAGGCCAAAUAUCCCAAGCAGUUCGGCUUUUUUGCGUCACUUCCACUGCCUGACAUCAAUGCUUCCUUGAAAGAGAUUGACUACCUCUUCAAGCAGCUCAACCCUAAGCCAGAUGGAAUCGUCAUGAUGUCCAACUAUUACGGGCUGUACCUUGGUGAUCGCGACCUUGAGCCUAUCUACGACGCGCUCAAUGAGCUCAACGUCACUAUCUUUGAGCACCCUACGACCCCAUGCACUCAGUUCAACAAGAUGCGGUUCGACAUUGACAAGGCUGCUCCCACAAUCUCGCAACAACAAUGGCAGGCCCUCAACCGGCCAGUCGCCGUCCGACAGUUCGCCGCUCCUACCUUGGACUUCCCUUUCGAGACCGCGCGCACCUUUGCCGAUUUAUUCUACACAUCGAUGCCGACCAAAUUCCCCAACCUCAGGUGGAUCAUGUCCCAUGCUGGAGGUGGUCUGAUCCCAACCCUGGACCGCAUUGUCACCUACAGUGCCCUUUACCCUGGUCUCAACUUGACAGAGGCUUCUAUGAAGCAAACCCUCGCAAAGAACUUCUAUUUUGACCUUGCCGGACCCUGGCCUGUCAACUUUGCUAUUCCUGCACUGCUUCGAUGGGUUGAUUACACCAGAAUCGUCUGGGGAUCUGACACUGUCUUCACGCCCAUGUCAGAAGCAGCGAAGUAUGCUGCUGCUUUCGAUAAAGAUGUCGAAGAGGUAUUUUCGGAUCCUCGAAAGGCGAACGCCAUUCGAGCGACUAAUGCUCGAGGUCUGUUCGGCUAA